AUGCUCCAGCUUUUCUUCCCUGCGCCUGCCUUUUCCCCCCCAGAACUAACGUUUCCUUGCUCUUUCUCUGCUUCCCGCUCAUCAGGAUUUGGUGGGAUUGAGACUGCAAACUCCACUGCCAGUGGGUUUAAUUUUGGGGGUUUCGGAUUAGCUGCUAACCCUGCAGUGAAUUUUAAUAUUGGGAAUUUCGGUGUUGCCACUACCUCAACUCCACCAUUCAAUUUUGGUAACAGUCUGGCGAGUGCAGGUGCCUUUGGAGGAUUUGGGACAACCACCACCACUGCAGCACCAGCCUUUAGUUUUUCUGCUCCCACCAACACAGGCACUGGCGGACUCUUUGGUGCUACCCAGAACAAAGGCUUUGGAUUUGGUACCAGCUUUGGCUCAGGAGCUGGAACUGGGCUGGGUAGUGGCUUGGGAACUGGGCUAGGCUUUGGAGGCUUCGGAACACAGCAGCAGCAGCAGCAAAGCACGCUGGGAAGUGGCUUGUUCAGCCAGCCUGCCCAGGCACCCGCCCAGUCCAACCAGCUCAUCAACACUGCCAGUGCCCUGUCAGCUCCGACGCUGCUGGGGGACGAGAGGGAUGCUAUCCUGGCCAAGUGGAACCAGCUGCAGGCCUUCUGGGGAACAGGCAAGGGCUACUUCAACAACAACAUCGCCCCAGUGGAGUUCACGCAGGAAAACCCCUUCUGCAGGUUUAAGGCUGUGGGUUACAGUUUAAUGCCCAACAACAAAGAUGAAGAUGGCCUCGUGGUGCUGGUGUUCAACAGGAAAGAAACAGAUAUCCGCAGCCAACAGCAGCAGCUGGUGGAGUCCCUGCACAAAAUCCUGGGAGGGAACCAGAGCCUCGCUGUCAACGUCGAGGGUGUUAAAACCAUGCCCGACGACCAGACAGAAGUGAUCAUUUACGUGGUGGAGCGCUCGCCCAACGGCACUUCCAGGAGAGUUCCUGCCACGACCCUCUACGCCCACUUUGAGCAAGCCAACAUCAAGUCAUCCCUGCAGCAACUGGGGGUCAGCCUCUCCAUGGCCAGGACAGAGCUGUCCCCAGCACAAGUCAAACAGCUCCUGCAGAACCCUCCUGCUGGUGUUGAUCCUAUUAUAUGGGAACAAGCCAAAGUGGAUAAUCCUGAUCCUGACAAGCUUAUUCCUGUGCCAAUGGUGGGUUUCAAGGAGCUGUUGAGAAGAUUAAAGGUCCAAGAUCAGAUGACCAAACAGCAUCAAACUCGAUUAGAUAUAAUAUCAGAAGAUAUCAGUGAGCUGCAGAAAAACCAAACAACAACCAUGGCAAAGAUUGCACAGUACAAAAGGAAACUGAUGGCCCUUUCUCACAGAACAUUACAGGUGUUGAUAAAGCAGGAGAUCCAAAGGAAAAGUGGUUACGCCAUUCAGGCAGACGAAGAGCAGCUUCGUGUCCAGCUGGAUACAAUCCAGUGUGAGCUUAAUGCACCUACACAGUUCAAGGGCAGACUGAACGAGCUCAUGUCCCAGAUCAGGAUGCAGAACCACUUCGGGGCAGUGCGGGCUGAGGAACGUUACUACAUGGACGCAGAUCUCCUGCGGGAAAUCAAGCAGCAUCUGAAGCAGCAGCAGGAAGGGCUGAGUCACCUCAUCAGCAUCAUCAAGGACGACCUGGAGGACAUCAAGCUAAUAGAACACGGGCUGAACGAGAGCAUUCCCAUCAGAGCAGGAGUCUUCAGCUGACUGCUGGCUGCUCUGGGCUCACACAGAACGUGUUAGUUGAGUUCCUGGCUCACCUUCCAAGGCUAAAACUGUUGAGGUAAAAUAAAAUUCAUAUCCUAUAGGAGCAAUGGUAUUUGGCUGUUACCUUUAGAAUUAGCAAAGCCUCUUCUAAGCUAUUAAAACUGACCUUUGGAAGGUUUCUAUUUUAUAAAGCUGUAUACGCUUUACCAAAAGAAGCAAAACUGAAUCUGUUCAGAUACCAUUUUACUACGAAAUAUAUGUACUAUUGUACAUUUUUCCUUUUUUUCUCUCCUUUUUUUACAACAGCAUUGUCCUAGAAGUGCAGUGCUGAGGGGAUUGUUUCACUUGUGACUCGGUUUGUGGAAAGCUUAGCCUGCAUCCAUGUUUCUGUCAAAGCAGUCAAGUACCAUCAUUGUGUAAGCAGUUAAUUUAAAUCACUUGUUGCUGUAACUGUGUUGGUCUCUGCAAUACCAGUAGUUUACUGGGGCAACCCACAGGAAGGUGGUGUUUCCAAUUUGUUCUUCCUUCAGACUGCAAGGAUGUGAAGGUUAUGUUUCUAUCACCUUAAGUAUGUGAACUAGACAAAGCUUUGCUGGCCCUUAAAUAACAGAAUAUCUGGACAUUGUCUUCUGCCUUUUUUUUAAUUGCCCAAGAGUAAUAAAUUCAGUCUGACUUUGUAAUAA